AUGAGUAUGUGUUGUAAGCUGUGGUGUAAUACCUGUUUGCUAUGCCUGUAGUGCUGGCAGUGACUGACUGUAAGCACAGUUAGCUGAGCACAGUUAGUGUGGUGUAAUGCCUAUCUCUAUGUGAAACAUUGUCAGUGCAAUUGCUUGUGUCCACGUUUGCCAUUAAUUGUCUCUUAAUUGUUGUCUAUUUCUAUCCUCUCUUUAAUUGUUGUCUCUUAAUGUCUUAAUGUUAAUGAUUUGUCAUAACAUCUAAUGAGACAAUUGAUGUUAACUGUGCUUUAACUGGUUGUCCACUCGUCCACCAAAUGUAAGAGUAGACAAAUAAGCGCAACAAGUAUUGCAUGUAUCAUAUGAUAUACCAUUAAGACAUCCACUGAUACUUAUUAUCGAUACAUAUAAGAGGUUCAAACACAACAUCAUAGACUUGAUGCCAAUCAUGAGUAUGACUAACACAAAUGUGACAAACGCGGUGUCACCGCCACCCGUAUUGGUCAACACUAACGGUAAUCAUCAGCGAGAACCCGAUCCCGACGCCAUCAAGAUGUUUGUCGGACAGAUUCCCAGGGAUUGGACUGAAACGGAUUGUCGAAAACUAUUUGAGGAAUUCGGUGAAAUCCAUUCAAUCAAUGUCUUGAGAGAUAAACAGUCGGGUCAGAGUAGGGGCUGUUGUUUUGUCACUUAUUAUGCUCGUCGGUCGGCACUUCAAGCACAGGACGCCCUCCACAAUAUAAAAACUUUGUCAUCAAUGCAUCAUCCGAUCCAAAUGAAACCGGCAGACAGUGAAAACAGAAAUGAACGCAAACUCUUUGUCGGUAUGCUCUCCAAGAAGUAUAACGAAUCUGACGUUAGGCUUAUGUUUGCCGCGUAUGGAAACAUAGAGGAGUGUACUGUCUUGAGGGACACUAACGGCCAAAGCAAAGGCUGUGCUUUUGUCACAUUCUCGACCCGUCAGUGUGCCAUCAAUGCCAUUAAAGCCAUGAAUCACUCACAGACUAUGGAAGGAUGUUCUUCACCAUUGGUGGUGAAAUUUGCUGAUACUCAACGUGAUAAAGAUGCCCGACGGCAGCAACAGAUGCUAAUGCAACAGUUAUGUCACUCAACACAGCCGAGUCCAACUGCCGCUUCAUUAGCGGCCGCAAACCCAUAUCUAGCAUUAGCAGCUGCAGCGGCUGCUCAGCACCAACAGGUGCAACAACAACAGGCCGCUCAACAACAGAACGCAUUGGCAGCCGCAGCCACUUUGGCUCUUCAGCAACAAUUAGUUGCAACUAUGAAUACAACACCUGAAAUAUCAUUGGCAGCAGCGGCGGCCACUUUAGCCGCUUCGAACCCUAUGAUGUUGGCUGCGUUGUGCGGAAGUGCUACAAAUAACUCAAAUAAUCCAACGGGCAGUUCAACUCCACAACAGCAACAUCUUAAUGGUUCCAGUGAUAUAUACAACGCUUCUCAAAACCAACAGACUUUCUCAAACUUUGGUUUGGGAGGCACAGGACCGGCAACUAUCGCUCAAUUGGCAGUACAAGCGGCUCAACAAAACAAUCUAUUACAACAUACAAAUGGCACUGCAAUCGGCAAACAAACGGAAGGACCGGAUGGCGCCAACCUUUUCAUUUAUCACUUGCCCGCAGAAUUCAGUGAUACAGACUUGGCCUCAACAUUCUCUCCUUUCGGAAAUGUAUUGUCCAGUAAAGUAUUUAUUGAUAAACAAACAAAUUUGUCAAAAUGUUUUGGUUUUGUCUCAUAUGACAACCCUAUCUCAGCACAAGCGGCCAUUCAAGCCAUGAAUGGCUUUCAAAUUGGCACUAAACGACUCAAAGUGCAACUCAAAAGAAGUAAAGAUAAGCCAUAUUAGCGACUAUUAGUAUAAUAAAUAAUUGAUGAUUAGGUGACAGUUUUCUCACUACUAUUUCUCUUAUAUUAUGUAACGUUUGUUAUGUCACUGUUAACUAAAUGGUCUAAAGAUUUGUUUCGUUAGCUUUUUACUCAAGAGUUUAAUUUGAUUUUUUGACUAAAUUUAUAUAUUUGUCGUUGAAUUGCGGACCAACUAUUGAAUAAUUUCUAAAAUAUGAUUAUUUAAUAUAAUAUAAAUGAAAUAUUAUAUAAUUAU